AUGGCUACAUCUCAAGCUCCAACCAGACAAGCAAUCACACUCAAGGGUUCAUGUAGCCUGGUCACCGAGUUCUUUAAGUAUGCCGCCAACACGGUUCUCUUCCAGCGUGGUGUAUAUCCAUCAGAUGACUUUCAUAUGGUGAAAAAGUACGGACAGACGGUGCUCGUGACCCAAGAUCUAGCGCUGGAGAAUUACCUUGACAGGUUCCUCGUCCUUGUUAUUAUCUCAAAAGACUCGCGGGUACCACUUGAACGAUGGGUCUUUGACAUCAAUGUCAUCGAGCCGCCCUCCGACUCCACAGAACCGUCACCCCAGAAACCGGAGUCCGAAAUCCAAGCCGAGAUUCGUUCCAUCCUCAAACAAAUCGUCUCUACAGUCACUUUCCUUCCUAUAAUUGACGACCCAACAGUCUUCAAUAUCCUAGCAUACACCAAAGAUUCGGCGGACGUCCCUGCAGACGAAUGGGUUGAUACAGAUCCGCUCGCAAUUGAAGCUAGCAAGAGCCAACAAGUCAAGCUGAGAAGUUUCUCCACAGACGUACAUAGGAUCGAGGCGAUGGUUGCAUAUCGGUAUGAGGGAUAG